CAUUCUGCCCAGGUCAUUUCAGAAGAUUUUUGUAGUUCAUCUAAUUUCACAGGUUCUUUGUUUUAUUCUGUGGCAAACUAAAGGCAUGCAGUUGAACCAGUUCGACAUGGACGAGUCCGACACCGCAGCGAUACUACCAGGCGAGGUUCUCAACGCCACAUCAGCGGACGACCAAAUGUCGGACUCGGUCGACCACAAAGACGAGGCUGGUGUGCCGAGCACUAGCUUUGUGCGACCACCGUGUACAUGCCCGCUGCCGGUUUCGGUGGAGCCGGUGUUGUUCCUCUCCAUGUUCUCUCUGGCCCUGCAGGCGCCUCUGUCCACUCAGUACCUGUGGGACCGCAUCAGCGAGGACCUGGGCUACAACGGCUCCAAGAGGUCAGAGUGCACCAACGGCUCCCUGCCCCCUCACCCUCUUCAGAAGGAGGUGGAAACGUUAACGGCCCACUGGAACCUGUACAUCAGCCUGGGGGGCUUCUCUGUAGGCCUGUUGGUGGUGCCUCUCCUGGGCUCAUGGAGCGACCUCGCAGGUCGCAGGCCAGUCCUCAUCCUCCCCAACCUCGGCCUGGCACUGCAGGCAGUGGUUUACCUGGUGGUGAUGUACCUGAAGUUGCCUGUGGUCUACUUUCUCGUGGGCAGAUUGCUCAGUGGCCUUUCAGGUGAUUUCAAUGCCAUCUUGGCAGGCUGCUUUGCAUACGUGGCAGACAUCAGUGACCGAAAGUCCCGUACCUUCAGGGUGGCAGUGCUGGAGGCCUGUCUGGGACUGUCUGGGAUGCUGGCCAGCAUUAUCGGGGGGCAGUGGCGGCGGGCGCAAGGAUACAUCAACCCGUUCUGGCUGGUCCUGGCCACCAACCUGGUUUCAGCUCUGUACGCUUACGUGUUUGUCCGUGAGUCUGUCCAGCCAGACCCAAGUGCGAAGCUCUUCACCACUCGCCACCACAAGGCUGUCUGGCACCUCUACUCAACAGGAGGCAGUAGUAGCGAGGGUGGUGGACGAUUUCACAGAUGCAAGCUGUGGCUUUACACGCUGUGCUUCUUUCUGGUGGUGACUGUACACUUCGGCAGCAGGGAGCUGUAUGUGUUGUAUGAGCUAAGCUCACCGCUGUGCUGGGGGCCGGCCCUCAUUGGCUACGGAUCAGCAGCUCAGCACCUGGCCUACCUGAGCAGUCUGCUAGGGCUGAGGAUCAUGCAGCACUGCCUGGAGGACUCCUGGGUGGCUCUUGUGGGUCUUGUCUCCAAUAUUAUCGGGCUGUUGGUCGUUUCUGUGGCCAACACCACACAACUCAUGUUCACAGGUUAUGGUCUGUGUUUCCUCUUCAUGGCUUCGACUCCUGUGCUCAGGUCGAAGCUGUCAAAGCUGGUGGACCCAUCAGAGCAAGGUGCCCUGUUUGCUUCUGUUGCCUGUGUGGAGAGCUUAUGUUUCCUGGCAGGAAGUGGUGUCUUCAACUCGCUCUACCCGGCCACCCUGCACUUCAUGAAGGGCUUUCCUUUCAUUUUUGCCGCCAUCAUCCUCCUCAUCCCCGCUGGAAUAAUUGGGACUCUGCAGUGUUUAGACCAGAGGAGAGACCACGGAGACUCAACAGCAUCCUGACCUGAAGAAAUGCAGAGGUCAGGGCCACGUUGCAGAGUUAAAGUUCAUCCUGGAGUCAGUGUGUGUGUGUGUGAGGUGAGCAGCUCUGACACAGAGACAUCCGUCAUGUCCGCCUGUGAUGCUGGGAGAGACUUUUGAGAGAUCAGACUUUUCCAGCAAGUCACACCAGAAUGAUCAAGACCAAAGGAUGAAGAAUCACCCUCCUGACUGACAUUACUGAAAAGCCUCUUUCAUCUUCAUAAAUAGAUACUGGACACUGGAACUUUGUUAAAUCUUUGCAGGCCAAAACAUUCACCCCUAUUUAGUUAUUUUUAUCAGGGCAACAAGAUUCUGUAUGUGCUUUCAUUUUGUGAUUUAAUACGAUCACAAAAUGAAAGCACAAGUCAAAGAAUGUGCCUUACAGUUCCAUUUUUAAUUUGUUAAUUGGUUAAUGUCAGUAGCUCUAAUGGUACACAAUAGUGUGAGGUGCUCACCAUAAGAGGUCCUCAGUUGUUCAAUAACAUGAAGCAUGAGUGCAACAUAAUGUGUCUGUAGAGGUUAAUUUAUUCCUAGCAACAUUUCAAAUCACCUGACACAGGUGAGAUUCCUAAUUACAGCUGUAGUCAGUAAGUUGCUGCAAAUUCAAAUUGGAGACCUUACCUAUGUCAGCUAAUGCAGAGUGCGAUAUAUAAGAUCAGCCUUAUUUCAACCUCCACAUCAUUUUCCUGUGUGUUCACACUCCCUGUGGUGAAAAGUAAUGAAGUAAAUGAACUCAAGAACUGUACUUAAGUAUGAUUUUGAGGACUCAUACUUUAGAAUAGUCUUUAUUGUCACUGUUCCAAAACAAUGAAAUACUAUUACUUGUUUAUUUUGUUGUUGUCUGUUUGUUGUACUUUUUAUUCCACUUCUUUUAUUUGAAAACUAGUUACCAGUAGAUUUGGAUUAAUAAUACAAUAUAUAAUCAACAAAUAAGUGAUGAUGUAUUAUUAUAGGUUAAGAUAAGACAAAAUAAGACUUUCCUUGAUCCCUGAGGGACAAAUUCACAAGAGACUCAGUAGUCUCAUCAACUACCUGUCUUAAGUGGUUAAACUGAGCCCAGUGAUGUUCACAUUAAUCCAUUGAUUUUUUUCCAAUAAUAUAAACAUCCAUUAGUCUGAAAUGGAUUGCUUGGUACUUAAAGUAUUGAUGCUAAUACUCUGUGCUGGGGUACUGGUACUUUUACUAAAAAAUCUGAGUACUCGUACACUGUCUGUGGAGAGUCAGCCAUAUAGAGGGCUAUCCCAGACCUGAAGUGAUAGAAGAGGUCCAUAAAACUCUCAAAGAGUCAGUACCAAAGAUCCAUGUUGUCCUGUGAGUUAAUGCAUCAUCUGUGCCAGACAUGUCCGGACCAAACUAUCAGUACUCCACAGCAGAGAGAGCAGGACUGUAGCAGCAGCAGGGGGAUUAUUGAGUUACACCUUUACCCUCCACCCCUCCCUCAUUUUUCCAUGAAGCAGGUUGCACAGUCAAGAGCCCCCCCCUCCCCACCACCACAAACAACACUGGAUAGCCCCAGAGCACAGAGCCACAGCUGACACACACACAUGGGUCACGUUCUAGCUGCACAUUGAGGGAACAAGAUCUGCAAAAUCAGCUCUAAAAUGCACAGAGGGAAGUUAAGAGGUUAAGUGAAGUAAUAACUGAAUUACUGUGAGGUGAUCGGUAUAAAGAUCAUUUUUGACACAGAGCAGCAGCAGGUUGGAUCAUGUGGUCAAAGUACUGUGUGACAGAACGGACAAAUAAAACGGUCUGUUCUUCAUCUUAAUAACUUGUGCAAUAUUAAUAAGUUGGAAUCAGUUUAUUUAUUGAAAAUUAUAAAGAUCAUGGAUAAAUUUGUUAAAUGAACCUCAAAUGAAGAAUUUCAAGUUUUCAGUUUUUUAUUGUGUUUCAAAUAAAGGGACCAAAUUCUGUUUGUUUCACACUGAGAACAUUAAAAAAACAUGAUAAAAAAAUCGAAUCCUGUGCUGUCAAUGUCAGUUAGACUGAGCAGUGUUAAAAAAUGCUACAAGGUGGACACUGGAGGCAAACAAUAUUAAGGCAAGAUCAGAUAAAAUCCCUGCACAACAGCAGUUGCAUUCAGGCUAUAGUAAGUUAGUUUUAUAGAACAGUAUGUGACCAACAAGUCUUGAUGACUGCUUUGGUUCAUUUGCAGACUUUUUUUUUUUUUUGCACAGGUGGUGUAAAGGUAUAUAUUUGCAGCUGAUCCUAUAUAUUUACACAAGCCUUGGCAUAUCAUAUUGCUGGAUUUCGUUUUGUUUCCACUAGACUGCAUCUAUUAAAUACACAGAAAGGAAUGAGGAGGACAUUUCAAUUAGCGGACAUAUAGCCACUGAGUUAACACUGGUGAAUAAAACCUCACGUCGACAGUAUUAAAUCAGAGUUUAAUGUAUUGCACUGUUGCUGUGGCAGUCAACAAGACACUGUUAAACAAUUUGAAUCAUCAUCAUUUUCAAGGAGCUACCAGUGUCACAACCUCCCUCACCCAUGACCUCUAGUUUCCCCCAUUGUUUCCUGUCUCUGAGUUUUCUCCUCUGUGCCUGCCUCUGCUGUCUGUCCCUCCUAAUCUGUGCUCUAACCACUGGCUUAACAUUAAAACCCAUUAUUCAUCUCA